UAAAACACCAACCUGAUGAUAUGACGCAUGUGUGAUUUAAGAAAGCUAAAAAGACACAUACAAGCACAUUUACAACAAAAAAUUAUGUCAUUUUCUUUGAUUAUUUUGUAACAUUACUUAAGUCAUGUUCUAAAAAAAAACAGACAUCUUUUUUUUUCAAAAUCAAACUCAGGAAAAAGAUGGCCUCCAAAAUUUGUAUCCUAAUUUUAAUAUUAAGUGUAACUUGCUACGGAGAUGACAACGAUUUACGUUGCCCGAAUAAAGCUUUACGAAAAUGUCUAUGCGGUCAUGUAGUGUACGAUUAUAUUCGGCAAUAUGUAGUAAAUUGUACCGAUACAAACUUUCGAAGUACAGAUGUUCUAGAAAAUUUACCCAGUGAAACACAAGUUUUAAUCUUCACAGGGAAUCAUAUCCCAGAAUUACCAUGGAAUGUAUUUGGACCGAUUGCUAAAUUACAAGAUUUACGUACUAUUGAUAUGAGUAAUAAUGGGAUAAAAGAUAUCCCAGGAAAAGCUUAUCAUCAUGUCGAAAACGUUGAGAUGUUGAUUUUAAAUCAUAAUGAGUUAAGUAUUGCUGACGACAGUCACCAUCCUCGAGUUUUUUCGAAUUUUAUCAAUUUAUUAGAACUACAUUUAACAAACGCCUUCGAAGAUGAUACUGAUGAAGCCUUAUCCAACGAUUUACAUGAUAUUUUCGUAAAUAGUAACCUAACACGAUUAAAAAAACUACAUUUAGAACAAAAUGAAAUACAAUAUUUUCGGGAUCGACAAAUUUUUUGUGAGUUACCUGCAUUAAUGGAUCUACACUUAAGUAACAACUUCUUGAAAGAAAUCAAUUUUAACAUAACAUGUUUAAAACACCUACGGUUUUUGGAUCUCGAAUACAACAAAUUUAACGUUUUAACCGAUUACGAGUUCCGUAUGUUAGAUCAUAUCGCAAGUACACCGAGAGCAGAACCGUUGGUUAUCGAUUUAAGUGGGAAUCCAUUGAUAUGUUCCGAAGCACGAAGCCUAGUAAAUUGGAUUAAUCAAACCAAAGUGACGGUACGCCGUAAAGAAGCGCUUACAUGUUCACAAAAUACAAAAGAUAAUCCUAUUUUAUUAUUAAAAAAAUUUUUACAAAUGAGUGCUUCUGUUACGGAUAGUACGAAUCCACUUGCAGUUAUUAUUUUAACGUUGUUAAUUUUAACGCUUGUUUGUGCGUUAUUGUAUGCGUAUUGGGAUAAGAUUUUAGUGAAAAGUAAACCGUUGUAUAAUACGUUACAUCGAAAAGUACAUUAUACGACAAUUGAAGCACAAGUUGAUCAUGUCUAGUGUGAUUUUACGAAAUUGGAUACAUUUGUUUUUGGCACUUACAGUGUAAGUGCCCAAGACAAAUUACCUCUGAGAACAAUAUACAGGAUAUCGAUUUUUUGCUGGUAAUUACAAUUUUUUUGAAUAAUUGCUAUUUUUUAGAAUGAGGAAUAACUUCUUUUCUUGAAAUGUAAGAUUCGCUUUAUCUAUAAGGAGUAAUCUAAGCUGGACUACAACCUCCAAACCAAUAUCUUCUAGAUUAGAGAAAGUACAGGAUUUGGAGUAAAUCCAGGUAUUAUAAUCUCCUCAUGAAUACUCUGUUAUUAUUGAGGCUUUUAAAUUAUAGCACGCUACAGCCUGUCAACAAGAGUUUAAUGAGUUUCUAGUGUCUCAUUCUAGAAUCUGCAGCUAUCGCUGGUUUCUAAUCUAUAUGUUCCUUGAAUUUACUGUGCCAUGUGAAGAAACCGGACAGUAGCUGUAUCCUACUUUUGUUUAAUCAAUGCAGAUUUCAGAUCCUCUUGAUUCGAAUUUUCCGAAAUUUUUAAUUUGUCUCAGUUAGGAGAAAACACGGCACUAUUGUAUUGCAUUCUAAAUAAUUGUAUAUUUAAUAAAUCGAAUAUCUUGAAUAUUGGUCUCACGUUUUAAAUUACUAUAAUUAGUCUCAAAAUUUGUUAGAUUUCCCUCUCACUGCCAAUGUAAAUUGCUUUUCUUUUAAUACGUAUUAUUAAUUAUUGUGAUAGUUAAAUUAAUGAAAAAACGUAUU